CCGGGAUGCAGCGGUGAGGGGCUGGGCCUGCCCCCCUCCCUGCCACUCAGGGAACAGCUUCACUGCAGGAUCCGGGGCUGCAGUUCAUCAGCUCCUGUCCAGCCCUGAGGCCAGGAAGAGCCGCCCUGCCAGAUGCUGGGAGCCUGUCGCCCACACUCCAGCGCUGCCCUGCUCUCAGCCGUCCUCCUCCUGCACGUUCAGGCUGCAGUGGCCAUGAAUUUCCAGGUGCUGGUUCCCGCCGGCCCCCUCUUCGCCCCACUGGGGGGCACCGUGCUGCUGCCCUGCCACCUCUCCCCCGCGCUCAGCGCCCAGGCCAUGCAGGUGAAAUGGAGCCGGCUAGGCCAGGACGUCCAUGUGUACCUUCCGGACGGGAGCGAGGUGCAGGGUGAGAGGUACCGGGGCAGGACGGAGCUCCUGCGGGAUGGGAUCCAGAGAGGCAGCCUGGCCCUGCGGAUCUGGAACCUCACCCUGCGGGAUGAAGGGCGCUACCUCUGUGACUUCCAGUCCAACAACACCGUUGGCAACGCCACACUGGAGCUCCGUGUGACGAGCUCCGGCUCGGACCCCCUCCUCCAUAUUGGUGGAUAUGACGGCAAGCAGAUGAACGUGACAUGUCUCUCUGUGGGGUGGUACCCGAAGCCAAAGGUGCUCUGGAGAAAUGGCCACAGGGAGAGACUGACCCCAUCUAAGGAGGAAAAAAUCUCCAGAAACCGGGGCCUCUUUGAUGUCUCCAGCUCCGUGGUAGUGACUGAGCAGUCGGUCCCAACACUGAUUUGUGCCAUCAGACCCGGCUCACCUGGCCCGGAGAAAGUCUCAGCCAUUCUCAUCUCCGAUGAGUUUUUCCCCCAAGUCUCCUCUUGGAAGGUUGGCCUCUUCUUGUUCCUGUCAGUGUGUGUUUGCCUCCUCUUCUUGCCUGCCUGCUACUUAUGGAGGGUUCAAAGAGCAAAAAGGAAAUCCUCCAAUUUAACCACAAAGAAAGAAAGCUGGGGUAAACAAAAUUGGAAACAAGUUCUAUUGCAUGCAACUGAUGUCACUCUGGACCCACAUACAGCUCACCCCAGUCUGGCCCUUUCCAAGGACCGGAGAAGUGUGACAGCCACAAAGACAAAGCUGACUCUGGCCAACAACCCAGGGAGAUUCGACAUUUACUCCUGCGUGCUCGGCUCCGACGGCUACGAGUCGGGGACGCAUUACUGGGGCGUGGAGGUGGCUGGCACAGGGGGCUGGGCUCUGGGCAUCACCAGGGAGUCUGCCAGCAGGAAGGGAUGGUUCAUGUUCAGCCCCAAGCAAGGCACGUGGGCCAUCCAGCUCUCCAGGGGCCAGUACCGGGAAGUCAUUGCGGAAUGGAGCCUGAUGGACCCGCCCCAGAACCCUGGCAAGAUCAGAGUGUAUCUGGACUAUGAAGGAGGGGUUGUGUGCUUCUACAAUGCUGAUACCAUGGCCUCCCUCCACCUCCCCUUUUCUGGGAAGAUCUACCCGUUCUUCUGGGUCUGGUCUGUAGGGACCUCCCUUAGACUAUGUCCCCCACAACCCUCCAAUAACUGAGGGCACAGUCUAGAGGCUGCUGCCAUUUCUGAGGACAUCAAUGGAUUUUGGAUCAUGUUUUGUCUCAGCCAGAGAUUGAAGCAUGAACACCGUGAUGCAUGUGGAUUUUAGCCCAUGAGGCAGCAUCUCCCUUAAACACCUCUUCGCUGCCUGCCACGCUGCCCCUUGUGCAUGGCAAAUGCUCCCUAAUAAAACCCAAGCAGCUGCUACCUUCUCCUCCCCCAGGUCCCUCCUUAAUUGUUACCUCUGCCAUGAUGCCUCCAGAACUCAGCCUGGUGAUCAGGGCUAGACAAGUGAUCUGCUGUGAAUAUGACUCUUUCUCAUCUUUCCUAUCUUGCUCUACACCUUUACCUCCAAUUGAAAAGAAAUAUACCCUGUGUAGCUAGGUAAGGUGGUCCAAUUCUUCCCCGUACUGUGAGAGAAAUGAGAAUUCUGGUUUAGCAUGUGUGUUAAUUGUUUUGUGUUAGAGGGAAUUAAUAUAGAUGUCAGUGCAGCUCUCUCCUUCAAGGUGUAUAGGGUAUAAACUGGUGAUAAAUUCACUGAGGCUGGAUAUUAGAAGGAGCUUUCUAAUGUAGCCUUUUUUCUAGUUAACGUGAAUUUUGUACUGUGGUAUUACAGCACCGUGGGUUUGACUCUGGCGGCUACAGUUUCAAGCUUAACAGUGUGAAAGUCACCUCUGCUACUUGCUUUAGAGAAGAAUCUUUAUGAACACAUAAAGAUCAAGCAUAGUGACCACACAUACAUUCACAAGUACAAGGUCUCGUCUGUUUUACAAGUUUUAUUAAAGUUAUGAUUACCUGAGUAUAUAGAAAUUCUAUACAGACCUAUGCACAAGUUACAAAUAUAGUUAUACUCACAUCCUCCUAGAUAGUGUUAGGAUCUGUUGUAUCUCUCAUGACUUGAUCAUCAGUAGAGGGAUGGUUCCUGCUGGGGUUCCCAUAGGGAACUCCAUUUUUCUAAUCUAGGCGCCUGCUUUAUAAUUUGAUUCUGACUAUACCUCAUUCUGCGCAUGUCCAUAAAAGUGUUAACCCUCUUUUCUCUUA